UCAAGGAGCUCAGGAAAGCAUACCAAAAAGCCAGGGAGGCGAAUGGGCGCUCUGGGUCACAGCCCCAUACAUUCUGCUUCUGCCGUGAGCUGCAUGCAAUUAUGGGGAGUGGUGUUUAUCAAUUAUUCACAUUUUAUAAGCACCACUACCCCACCACUGUCCGGGGACACCUACCCCACCACUACCCCACCACUGUCCGUGGACACAAGGGGGGAGUUGCACGGAGCGAGGAGGAAGAUCAUUGGAGGACAAAGAGGAGGAGGAGGACAGUGCACAGGCGGCAAGUGGGGAAUCCGUUUUCCCCCCCAUCCAGGAACUAUUCUUAACGCUGGAGCCUCCCCCCAUUCCCAAGGUGGGCUCCCGGACCAUGACCCUGAUGCAAAUGUUUCAACAUGGCCCCUAUCUACUCCAUCCCAGCGGCUGGUCCAGAUUAGAAGGUGGAAAAAACGAACUCGGGACGACAUGUUCGCCAAGUUCAUGCAGUCCUCCCGUAGUGAUAGCGCCCAGCUGAAUGGGUGGAGGCAAACAAUUGCGGAGUCCCGUAAAGCAUUACAGGAACUCGAAGAGAGGAGAGACGUGUGCAAUGAGAGCAGACAGGACGCUAUGAUCAAGCUCAUGGGGGAGCAAACUGACAUGCUCUGCUGUAUGGUGGAUCUAAUGCGGGAAAGGCAGCAAGACCACAGACUGCCACUGUAGCCCCUGUAUAACCGCCCUCACUC